AUGCCCUUACGCUUUCCAGACAUUGACUUAGACAAGGAGCAGAAUCGUUUGGCCAAGGAGAGGAACGACCUUCCAAACGUUGACAAAGACAAGGAUAAUAACACAUUUACAUCAACUGGGUUGUCCUCUGGAUUUACUGUCAUUGGAGUCACUACCAUUGAUACCACCGUGGGUUGGGAUACAGCUGGCAGCAAGACCCAAUCCACGAGUGAGACUCAAUCCAAUAGCGAGAUCCAAUCUACAAGUGAGACUCUAUCCACGAGCGAAAUCGAAUCCACGAGCAAGAUGUCGACAUCCGAUGAGCCCCUAACGGUUACAAUGACAGUCCCUAUCAACCACAACCUACCAGCCGAAGGGCCCAAGACCGUCAUGUCUACUAUCACAUAUACAAUGACCGUCGACCAUAGCGUUGAGUUGGAACCGAGCACCGUCUGGAUAACCAGUAUCAGUCCACCUACAGACAUACCUCCUCCUACCACAUCCGACACUACACCAUCCCCCAGUUCUCCCCUGAGUACCAUCGAGCUGAUUGGCGUCAUAAUCGGUACCAUAUGCCUACUUUUCAUGAUAUGCUGCCUCCCAGUGAUUUACUUUAUGCGACGUCGACGUUCUUCUGCGCCGUCGGGUAGCCGAAAUAACAUCAAUGUCACAGUCGGCAACGGCGAGUGUUCUCGAUGGUCGCACUCAGAGGAGUCACGACCAACUCCGAUGCCAGCGUCUUUGCAUUCGCAGGAAGACGCGGUAAAGACAGAAGUCGUGAAGAGACCUGUUCGUGUUCUAAGUCCACCGCCUCGUUACGAUGACUACUGGAAGGGAGAGAACGACGGGUAUGAGAUGGGAGUCAGGGAGACUGCAGGUGAAGCUUCGGGGUCAAACUAUGCUCAGGAGCAGCACUACUAUGAUCCGAAGGGAAAGGGAAAGGCGCGUGACGAUACCUGGAUUUGA